UGUCUCCGUGAGAGCCACAAUACUUUGAACGGCGCCGCGCGAAGCUGUCGAAGAGGGAUGGCGCAGUUGGGCUCCUCCUCCGUUGCAGGAUCGAGCCUCGCGUCGUCUUCUUCCUUUUUCCUUACAGGCCGACCCCUCCUUCGGUCUUCGUUUUCUGCUGUCCGAGGAAGAGAAACUGUACUUAUUCCAAAGAAAAUUUCAAUUUUAUCAAGAAGGUUAUCAGGACUUGAAGAAGCCAUGCGAAUUAGGAGGGCUAGAGAGCUUGAGAGUUUAAAUAAAGCAAGAAAAAAGCCUCCUCUUAGACGUGGUAAACUGUCAGAAACACUUCCUGUGCCAGAGCACAUUCUUAGGCCACCAUAUGUAACCACAAAACUACUACCUGAAAUUUCUAAAGAACACCAAAUACAUGAUGAGGAGGGCAUUGCUUGCAUGAAGGCUGCUGGUGAGCUUGCUGCACGUGUAUUAGACUUUGCAGGGACACUAGUAAGACCAUCAGUAACUACUGAUGAGAUUGAUAAAGCAGUGCAUAAGAUGAUAAUUGAAGCUGGUGCUUAUCCUUCUCCUCUUGGAUAUGGGGGAUUUCCAAAAAGUGUUUGUACAUCAGUUAAUGAAUGCAUGUGUCAUGGAAUACCUGAUUCUCGACAGUUAGAGGAUGGAGACAUAAUAAACAUAGAUGUGACAGUUUUCCUGAGCGGCUACCAUGGAGACACUUCAAAAACAUUUUUAUGUGGAAAUGUUGACGAACGCACAAAGAGACUAGUAAAGGUGACUGAAGAAUGCUUAUAUAGAGCCAUUUCAAUCUGCAAAGAUGGUGUUAGCUUUAAAAAGAUCGGCAAAAAAAUUAGUGAGCUUGCUGAAAGAUACGGAUUCAAUGUGGUGGAAAGAUUUGUUGGACAUGGUGUGGGUCAAGUAUUUCACUCUGAGCCAAUAAUUUUGCAUCAUCGCAAUAAUUAUCCUGGCUGUAUGGUUGAAGGUGAAACAUUCACCAUCGAGCCCAUUCUUACAACUGGAAGCAUUGAAUGUGUUACAUGGGACGAUGGUUGGACUACACUCACAGCUGAUGGCAGCAUGGCUGCUCAAUUUGAGCAUUCCAUACUGAUCACUAAGACGGGUGCAGAAAUUUUGACCAAGUACUAGAUUGACAUCGGCAAUUGAUUUCCUUUCUUUUCUUGUAAUUUUAUCAUUUGUCGUAAAUGGUGGCGGCAAACCUUCACCAUUGCAAAGUCUUCCUGUAAUAUCUGGAACCUGCAUAUAUCACUAGAUUAAGAAUCUGAUGUGUAUGAUGAUUCUGUUUCUGUGUAGGUUUACUUACCUAA